UCACCACCAAACCCUUCAAACCUUUCUCCUUCUCGAAGCUUCCAAUGGCGAUCGCCGGCCCAAUCCUCGCCGUCGCUCUUGCGAUCCUCUCCGUCACCGCCCUCGCUCAAGCCCCCGGCCCAGCUCCGACGUCUUCCCCAACUCCUGCGCCCACUGUCUCGCCGCCAUCGACGACUCCUCCAUCAUCCACUCCUUCUCCGGCUUCUACUCCUCCUCCAUCCCCUUCUCCACCUGCUCCUCCUCCGGGCUCUCCGAUCCCCAACUCCCCCAUCUCCCCACCCACUCCUUCUCCUCCUAACGCCGCUGCUGCUCUCUUCUCCGCCUCUUUCUUCUCCGCCGCCGCCGUGGUCGCUGCCGUCGCCGGCUUCGUUUUCUAGAUGACCAGAUCUGUUUCUCUGAUAUUUAUUGUUGUUUUUUUUUAAGUUUAUUUAUUUCUUUUUUUUUAAUUUAUUUUGAAUUUUUGAAUUUUUCAUGGAGUUUUUUUUGUGUUUUUUUGGUAGUCUUUUGUGUGUGUUUGGUGUUCCUUCGAACAUUUUAAUGUAAUAUUAUUACCCUCAUUUUUUCCCAUUUUACCCCUGGUUUGGGUGCUUUU